UGUACGAUAUCACGGUUCUCAUAAACCUGAUCCGAAUUCUUUUUCUCUGGUCGCCUUGGGUUCUUUUUUUGAAAUUACUAUUCUAUUUUGAUUUGUCAAAUCCAAAAAAACUUUCAAAAUGCAAAACGACGCUGGAGAAUUCGUAGAUUUGUACUGCCCCCGAAAAUGCUCUGCCAGCAACCGCAUCAUUCCGGCUAAGGACCACGCUUCUAUUCAGAUCAACUUGGCCGAAAUCGACUCGGCCACUGGUCGCAUUACUGGAAAUCACAAAAUUUUCACCAUCAGUGGAGCUAUCCGUCGUAUGGGAGAAUCUGAUGAUUGUAUAACGAGGUUAGCUAAGGAUAAUGGGAUUGUUGCUAAGAAUUUCUAGGGUACCUAAUAUUAUGUCAUAUUCAUUUCGACGAUGUGAAUAAAAAAAAUGUUGUAUACAUA